UCCGACGUCGCAGCGGAGGAAAAGAGCCCCAACCAGAUCCUUGACGAGCAACCCCACUUGGCGCUGCCUCUCCGCGUUUGUUAGGAGAGGCCCGGCAGCCCGAGGGAGCCCCGCCGCCCGCACCCGGCGCAAGCGCAGCCCGGCCUGUCGGGCCUCAGCCGGAGAAACAGUUGGGACCCCUGAGUCCAGCAGGAUGGCCCAAUGGAAUCAGUUACAGCAGCUUGACACACGGUACCUGGAGCAGCUUCAUCAGCUGUACAGCGACAGCUUCCCAAUGGAGUUACGGCAAUUUCUGGCACCUUGGAUUGAGAGUCAAGAUUGGGCAUAUGCAGCCAGCAAAGAGUCACAUGCCACACUGGUGUUUCAUAAUCUUCUGGGUGAGAUCGACCAGCAGUAUAGCCGCUUCCUGCAAGAGUCCAACGUUCUCUAUCAGCACAAUCUGCGAAGAAUCAAGCAGUUCCUCCAGAGCAGGUAUCUUGAGAAGCCAAUGGAAAUUGCCCGGAUUGUGGCCCGGUGCCUGUGGGAAGAGUCCCGCCUUCUGCAGACAGCAGCCACUGCAGCCCAGCAAGGGGGCCAGGCCAACCACCCUACAGCUGCUGUGGUGACAGAGAAGCAGCAGAUGCUGGAGCAACACCUUCAGGAUGUUCGGAAGCGCGUACAGGAUUUAGAACAGAAAAUGAAAGUGGUAGAGAAUCUUCAGGAUGACUUUGAUUUCAACUAUAAAACCCUCAAGAGUCAAGGAGACAUGCAGGAUCUGAAUGGAAACAACCAGUCUGUGACUAGGCAGAAGAUGCAGCAGCUGGAACAGAUGCUCACAGCACUGGACCAGAUGCGGAGAAGCAUCGUGAGUGAGCUGGCAGGGCUUUUGUCAGCAAUGGAGUAUGUGCAAAAAACUCUCACGGAUGAAGAGUUGGCUGACUGGAAGAGGCGACAACAGAUUGCAUGCAUUGGAGGCCCUCCCAACAUCUGCCUGGAUCGUCUGGAGAACUGGAUAACCUCAUUAGCAGAAUCUCAACUUCAGACCCGCCAACAAAUUAAGAAACUAGAGGAGUUACAGCAAAAAGUUUCCUACAAAGGGGACCCCAUCGUACAGCACCGGCCAAUGCUGGAGGAGAGAAUUGUGGAGCUGUUUAGAAACUUAAUGAAAAGUGCCUUUGUGGUUGAACGGCAACCCUGCAUGCCCAUGCAUCCUGACCGGCCCCUAGUCAUCAAGACCGGUGUCCAGUUUACCACUAAAGUCAGGUUGCUGGUCAAAUUUCCUGAGUUGAAUUAUCAGCUUAAAAUUAAAGUGUGCAUUGACAAAGACUCUGGGGAGGUUGCAGCUCUCAGAGGAUCCCGGAAAUUUAACAUUCUGGGCACAAACACAAAAGUGAUGAACAUGGAAGAGUCUAACAACGGCAGCCUCUCUGCAGAAUUCAAGCACUUGACCCUCAGGGAGCAAAGAUGUGGGAAUGGAGGCCGUGCCAAUUGUGAUGCCUCCCUGAUUGUGACCGAGGAGCUGCACCUGAUCACCUUCGAGACAGAGGUGUACCACCAAGGCCUCAAGAUUGACCUAGAGACCCACUCCUUGCCAGUUGUGGUGAUCUCCAACAUCUGUCAGAUGCCAAAUGCUUGGGCAUCCAUCCUGUGGUAUAACAUGCUGACCAACAACCCCAAGAACGUGAAUUUCUUCACCAAGCCCCCAAUUGGAACCUGGGAUCAAGUGGCUGAAGUGCUGAGCUGGCAAUUCUCUUCUACCACAAAGCGAGGCCUGAGCAUCGAGCAGUUGACCACACUGGCGGAGAAACUCUUAGGACCUGGUGUGAACUACUCAGGGUGUCAGAUCACAUGGGCUAAGUUUUGCAAAGAAAACAUGGCUGGCAAGGGCUUUUCCUUCUGGGUCUGGCUGGACAAUAUCAUCGACCUUGUGAAAAAGUAUAUCCUGGCCCUUUGGAACGAAGGUUACAUAAUGGGCUUCAUCAGCAAGGAGAGGGAGCGGGCCAUCCUGAGCACCAAGCCCCCAGGCACCUUCCUGCUGAGAUUCAGUGAAAGCAGCAAGGAAGGAGGAGUCACCUUCACUUGGGUGGAGAAGGACAUCAGUGGCAAGACCCAGAUCCAGUCGGUGGAGCCAUAUACAAAGCAACAGCUGAACAACAUGUCCUUUGCUGAAAUCAUCAUGGGCUAUAAGAUCAUGGAUGCUACCAACAUCCUCGUGUCUCCAUUGGUCUAUCUUUACCCUGACAUUCCUAAGGAGGAGGCAUUUGGAAAGUACUGUCGACCCGAGAGCCAGGAGCAUCCUGAAGCUGACCCAGGUGCUGCCCCAUACCUAAAGACCAAGUUCAUCUGUGUGACACCAUUCAUUGAUGCAGUUUGGAAAUAAUGGUGAAGGUGCUGAGCCCUCAGCAGGAGGGCAGUUUGAGUCGCUCACCUUUGACAUGGAGUUGACCUCGGAGUGCUCUACCUCCCCCAUGUGAGGAGCUGAGAACGGAAGCUGCAGAGAUGUGACUGAGGCACCUACCCAUGUUCUGCCGCCCUUUAAGCAGCCAAACCCCAGAUCAUCUGAAACUCCUAACUUUGUAGUUCCAGAUUUUUUUUUUUUAAUCUCCUACUUCUGCUAUCUUUGAGCAAUCUGGGCACUUUUUAAAAUUGAGAACUGAGUGAAUGUGGGUGACGUGUUUUCAUGCAAAGAAGAAAGUGGGGGAUGUGGAAGGGGGAGGCCAGAGGGAGGAAAAGGAAGUGUCUUGCAUUCUUUUGUUCCCCUGCCCUCCUUUCUCAGCAGCUUAUUGUUGUUUGUUGUUAGACAAGUGCCUCCUGGUGCCAGCGGCAUCCUUCUGCCCAUUUCUGCAAGCUAAUGACCCAGGCUGCCUGAAGCUAUGGAUUCCUGACACUGCACUUUUAAACCUUGCUAAUGUCCAAAAUAGAAGAUAGGACUAUCUAAGCCCCUCAGUUUCUUUUUAAAUUAAAUACUGAUAAUAAUUAAAGGGCAGAACACACUGUAACAGCAUAGACUUUCUGUAUUUAAGAAAACUCAGUAACAGCCUCCUUGGUGCUUUAAGCAUUCAGCUAUCUUCAGGCUGAUAAUUUAUAUAAACCUUGGAAUGGGCUUCACAUCAAACCCUUAAAAGGCAUCUGAAGCUGUGGCUUGGCCUUCAGUUUUGAACUAGGAAGGUUUAAGGCAAAAUGAAACAUCCCAGACUCUUUUUUUAUAAACAGUUUUAUUUGCUCUGGAAUUUUUUGUCCUGCUGGAGGGUCAGGCUGGGCAGAGGGUGCUAAAGACCUCUGCUCCCUUUCUCCCAGGACUCUUGCCCCUGUUUCAGAGCCAGCUUGUUUCUGCAGGUGCCUCUCAGGCCUAGGAUUGUUCUGGCUUCCUUUCCCAUCUCACCCUGCUUGUGGUCUGUCUCUUUCAUUUGUCUAAAGGUCCCCUAUUCUGGUUGCUUUAGAAAUCCUGGUCUCAGGACAUGUGAAGAGGAGAAAGUAACAGGUUGAACAUGACUCAGACUGUGGAGCCCCAGCAAAGUGUCUAGUUGAGCUCAGGGAAUAUAGUUCUUAUCCCAGGUUCUUGGUGACUUCCAGAGGCACCUGUAACCCUUCUUCACUUGUUAAUACCAGGCAAAGGCUGACUGAUAACGCCAGGUCUACCCCUAUGUGAGGGGUGUGUCCCCAGCUUCCCCUGAGGCUAGUGCCUGUCUGCUCCCCAGAGUAUGGGUCUCUGGUGAGGCAAAAAAACCCAAAAAACCCUGGAGGGCGCACACCUGCUGUGGCCUUCAUGUCAUCCUGCUGCCUCAGUCAGUCAGCUUGCCUCAGCAGUACAUUUGGAACACUUGGCAGAGGCAGGUGAGCCUCCUCUGACCCAGAGGCAUGGUUGGAUUUGGUGACUCAAAACCACCUGACCUCAGUUGAUUAACGUGUCUGUGGAAUUCUGUUUGACCCAAAUUAGCUAGAGUUUGACUAAAGGGGAGUGAGGACCUUCAAUCUGAGAUAAACAGGGCUUGCCUUGGCCACCACUGUCCUCCUGCCACAAGACAGUUAUUUAGAGUAUGGAACUCUCCCUUCCCCAGCAACGCUCUUUAGUAUACAAUAAGCUGAACUCAUAAACUGAAAGAAUAUUUAGAAAGCUGAGACUUGGGCUUACCAUUGGGUUUAAACUCUAGGUAACCCAGAGCAGGGGCUUGGGCUUCUCUGGAGCAAGAACUGUAAAAUUCAUGACUUUAGGUAGCAUGCGUAGCUGGGUUUAACUGAUUGUAUCGAAAGUUCUGAGAGGAGAGAAACUUGUUCUGGCCUCUCCCUUAAAGAAGAGAGUCCUCAGGACCUGCCUGCUCUCUCUCCACUGCCUCCUGUCUGUCCCCAGCCCAGCCCAGCCCAAGGACUCCUGCGGAUCGCUUUGCCUCCCUAUACAGUGGUUUGUAAACUGCUGUCCUGGCCACUGCACUCAAAUUCCAAUGUAUACUUCCUAGUGUAAAAAUUUAUAUUAUUGUGGGUUUGUGUUUUUUUUUAUUGUAUAUUGCUGUAUCUACUUUAACUUCUAGAAAUAAAAGUUAUACAGGAACUGAUAGUGUAGCAGCUCUGUCUGCUGGCAGAGGCUCUCUUUGCCCUGCUUACAUUCUGAGGGGGUCUUCCACACAGGCCAGCUGGGAUAGGAGGUGGUUGCUCAGCCCUGUCACUGAGUUCCCUUUGCCUCAUUCCUGAGGUGAUGCAGGUCCCCAUCUUUUGUCUGCCACCAGCCUCCAGAUAAGGGGACUGAGGAACAAGUGGUCAUAGUCUAGUGGCAGAAAGGUGUCAGAGUGGCCUACUUUCUUCUCCCUCUUCCCGCCUCCCUCCAGAGCUGCUGUAUCCUGUCUGGGGUCAGAUAAGCUACCUAAAGGGGGGUUGGGGUGUAGACCCCCUCCCCAGGCCUCCCAUUCUACAGUUGGCCCAUUAUCACUUUCUUUUCAGUUCACUAAGUGGGGACAACUUGCAGACACUUCACUGGCUGGUUGU